UCUAAAGACAAUUGGGAGGGAAGAUGGCGAGAUUUUUCAUCCCCUCAAUGGGGCUUCUGUUUUUAUGCUGCUGGGCAACCAUGGCUGGGGCUGAGUAUUUGAAGUAUAAGGACCCUAAACAGCCCUUAAAUAUUCGGAUCAAGGAUCUGAUGAGCAGAAUGACUUUAGAGGAAAAGAUUGGCCAAAUGACGCAGAUUGAACGAAGCGUAGCAUCGGCUGAUGUAAUGAAGAAGUACUUCAUUGGGAGUGUGUUGAGCGGUGGAGGGAGUGUACCAGCCACUGAAGCUUCUCCAGAGACUUGGAUUAAUAUGGUGAAUGAAUUCCAGAGCGGUUCACUGUCGACUCGUCUUGGGAUUCCAAUGAUCUAUGGAAUCGAUGCUGUUCAUGGCCACAACAAUGUCUACAAGGCAACAAUCUUUCCGCACAAUGUUGGUCUUGGGGUUACCAGGGACCCUGAACUAGUAAAGAAGAUUGGAGCUGCAACUGCUCUUGAAGUUAGAGCAACUGGCAUUCAAUACGCUUUUGCUCCUUGUAUAGCGGUAUGCAGGGAUCCUAGAUGGGGCCGUUGUUAUGAAAGCUACAGUGAAGACCCCAAGAUCGUUCAAGCAAUGACAGAGAUUAUACCUGGUUUACAAGGAGAUAUCCCAGCAAAUUCUAGAAAGGGUGUUCCAUUUGUUGCUGGAAGAGACAAAAUUGCUGUUUGUGCUAAGCACUAUGUGGGUGAUGGUGGCACAACCAACGGCAUCAAUGAGAACAAUACUGUCAUCGAUUGGCAUGGAUUGCUUAGCAUCCACAUGCCAGGAUAUUACAAUGCAAUCAUCAAAGGUGUCUCAACGGUCAUGAUCUCUUACUCAAGCUGGAACGGGGUGAAGAUGCAUUCUAACCGUGAUCUUAUCACGGGCUUCCUCAAGGGCAAACUCCGUUUCAGGGGUUUUGUCAUCUCAGAUUGGCAGGGUAUUGACAGAAUUACAUCUCCAGCAGGUGCUAACUACUCAUAUUCUGUUCAAACUGGAAUUCAUGCAGGCAUUGACAUGAUCAUGGUACCAUACAACUAUACGGACUUCAUUGAUGAUCUGACCUUCCAGGUGAAGAACAACAUCAUACCCAUUAGUCGGAUUGAUGAUGCUGUGAGCAGGAUUUUAAAGGUUAAGUUUAUUAUGGGUCUUUUUGAGAAUCCAUUGGCUGAUGAUAGCUUGGUUAAGCAGCUCGGAAGUCAGGAGCACAGAGAACUGGCAAGAGAAGCAGUAAGAAAAUCACUUGUUCUUCUGAAGAAUGGAGAAAAUGCUGAUAGUCCACUGCUACCCCUUUCCAAAAAGGCAGGCACGAUUCUUGUUGCCGGAAGCCAUGCAGAUAACCUGGGCGAUCAGUGUGGUGGGUGGACUAUCACAUGGCAAGGCCUCGAAGGAAAUAACCUCACAGUUGGAACCACAAUCCUCAAGGCAAUCAAGAACACUGUUGACCCAUCUACCCAAAUCAUCUACGAAGAGAACCCUGACAGAACCUUUGUCAGUUCCAACAAAUUUUCCUAUGCCAUUGUUGUUGUGGGUGAACCCCCAUAUGCAGAGACAUUUGGUGACAGCUUAAACCUUACACUUCCCGACACCGAUCUAAGUACCAUCACCAAUGUAUGUGGUGCUGUCAAGUGCGUUGUUGUUAUCAUUUCUGGCCGUCCUGUAGUGAUCCAGCCCUACGUUGAGAGAAUGGAUGCUCUUGUGGCUGCUUGGCUCCCAGGAACAGAAGGGCAAGGUGUAGCUGAUGUUCUCUUUGGUGAUUAUGGGUUCACUGGUAAACUUGCACGUACUUGGUUCAAGACUGUUGACCAGCUCCCGAUGAACGUCGGUGAUUCACAUUAUGAUCCGCUCUUCCCAUUUGGGUUUGGACUUACAACUGAACCUGUGAAGGCAAACUAGGACCCCAAUUUUGAGGGAAAGUUUCACCUUCCUAGUUCAAAAUCAAGCUCAUUUUUCUCUGUUAAAUGGGGGCUGGAUUUUGUCUUGUUGUCUAGUUCCUUUAUUUUUAGCCCGUUCCUAAUGGCUUUUUGAAAGCUCUCUAGUGAUUCAGUUAAAUUAAAUAUUUUGGUUUU